AUGAUCACUGGGCCUGUAAAUCCAAACUCAAUUGAUAUACCAUUGAUUCAGACUGGAUGUCUAAAAUCAGAAUUUAAUUCGACCUAUCCAGUUCAUCUUAAUGGAAUCAUAAGACCAGAUGAAUUUCAGCAAUCAAUUGAAAAUAUUAAUCGAACAAUCUCUUCAGGAAAAUCUCUGAUUAUUGUUGGUCUCAUUGCCAUUUUAAGUUUAUCGGGUGGAAUGGUAUUAUUUAUUAUCGGAGGAGUAACAAGGCGAAAAUCUCGUUCAACUGGAUUUCCUAUAUUAGUUGGUAUUGGAUUGGGAAUAUUCGGCUUUGGAAUGUUGGUUUUAACAAUUGGAUUUUGUAUUGUACAGUUACGAGCUACAGCUCGAUUGCGACAAGCAGUUGCUAAUGAAUCAAUGAAAUAUUCCACAAGAUCACCACCAUGUAGUUGGCGACUACAUGUUUAUAGAACUUGGGGUGGAGGAUACGGGGGUCGUCGAAAUACUAGACUCAUUUAUCGUCGAAUACAUGGAAAAAAACGUUUUUCAUUGAUAUAUCACUAA